CCACAUAAAUCCAAUGGCCCUGCUUCCUCAAAGAUUAGGUUGAUUCAACGUCGCCCGUUAGAUUGGACUCAUGUGACACCUUAUCGUUAUAUAUACCAACCAAUACCACCCUAUCACCACCAUUACAAAGUAACAAGUACUCAGUGCAGCACAGGCAGCUAGCAAUGGCCUCCUCAGUCCUCUCCUCCACCGCCAUCGCCUCCCGCGCCACCGCUGCCCAAGCCAGCAUGGUCGCCCCCUUCACCGGCCUCAAGUCCACCGCCUCCUUCCCCGUCACCAAGAAGUCCGCCGCCGACUUUACUUCCAUCUCCACCAACGGUAGCCGAGUACAAUGCAUGCAGGUGUGGCCCCCAUUCGGGUUGAAGAAGUUCGAGACCCUGUCAUACCUGCCUCCCUUGAGCACCGAGCAAUUGCUCAAACAAGUGGAGUACCUUUUGAACAAGGGAUGGGUUCCUUGCUUGGAAUUCGAGACCGAGAAAGGAUUCGUGUACCGUGAAUGGCACGCUUCACCCGGGUACUAUGACGGAAGAUACUGGACCAUGUGGAAGCUGCCCAUGUUCGGGUGCACCGACGCGACUCAGGUGGUUGCGGAGCUGGAGGAGUGCAAGAAGGCUUACCCUGGUGCGUGGGUUAGAAUCCUGGGAUUCGACAACAAGCGCCAAGUGCAGUGCAUCAUGUUCAUUGCAUACAAGCCCGAUGAUAAAUAGAUUCCAUCCCCCAAUUUCCUUAAAUGAUGGAUGAUUUCCCAUUAAUCUUGUCUUUUGUUUUUCGAUUUCGGUCACAUGUUGUUGUUGGCAUGGAAUGGAUUCCCAAUCCAGUUUAUGAGAAUGUAAUAUUGUAAUAAUCCUUUGAAUUUGCUGUUGUUUCAUUUGGUUGUGCAA